ACACACCAUGGACAAGCCCGAACUCACCGAGUUUUUAAGUGCAGAAGACAUGGAGACUAUACUCCAGGUAACAGCCUGCUCCUCAGAAACGCUGAGACCUGUGUGUAAAUCCGACUGUCUGUCAAAACGUUACCGUACCAUCACAGGACACUGUAACAACAGAGAGAACCCUCUGUGGGGAGCAGCAAACACCCCCUACACUCGUUGGCUCUCACCAGAGUACGAGGACCCCCGAGGGGCCCCCAGGGGCUGGAACCCACAACACACAUACCACAACUACACUCUGCCACCUGUACGCAGUGUGUCUCAGGAAGUGUUGUAUACUCAUAAUGACAACAUCUCUCUGGACGUGUCUCUAUCUCAUCUGCUGGUCGAGUGGGGUCAGUGGAUAGAUCAUGACCUGACACUGACCCCUCAGAGUCCCAGUACUGCAGCCUUUAAAACCGGAGCUGACUGCACACAUACCUGCAGCAGGGACACGCCCUGUUUCCCAAUACAGAUACCCCUGUCCGACCCUCGCACCGGUACUCAAAGCUGCAUGCCGUUUUUCCGGUCUGCCCCCAGCUGUAUGGGCGGCUCCGUUCCAUUCGGUCGCCGGGAGCAACUAAACGCCAUCACGGCAUUCGUGGACGCCAACAUGGUGUACGGGAGUUCGGACACGCUCGCCAUCGCCCUGCGGAACCUCUCGUCUCCUCACGGCCUGCUCGCUGUCAACGAGUUUCACACAGACCAGGGGCUCGGCUUCAUGCCCUACCUGCCCCGCACGCAGCCUCAUCUGGAUCCCUGUGGCCCACGAGAGGUUGUGUCACCAGAGACAGCAGACAAGCAGAACACAACCAUGGGGAACAGAUCGUUCUGCUUCCAAGCAGGUGAUUCUCGGGCCAAUGAACACUUGGGUAUGAUCGCUCUGCACACGCUCUUUCUGAGAGAACACAACCGAUUGGCUGAGGAACUUCACAAACUCAAUCCUCAUUGGAGCCCUGACACGCUGUAUCAGGAAGCCAAGAAGAUACUGGGAGCGGUCCACCAGGUCCUGACAUGGGAUCACUAUUUGCCGCACGUCCUGGGUCGCGGUGCUAACCAAGUCCUCAUGCCCCCGUACAAAGGUUACGACCCCAACGCUGACCCCAGCAUCUCCAACAUUUUCUCCACCGCUGCCUUCCGGUUUGCGCAUGUGACGGUGCACCCUGUUGUAAACCGCCUCGGACCUGAUUACCGGUUGAACCCUGAGCACCCGGCUCUGCCAUUACAUCACUCCCUUUUUGCAUCCUGGAGGGUGGUGCAAGAGGGUGGUAUAGAUCCUGUGCUGCGUGGUUUGCUCUUGUCGCCAGCGAAACUACAAACAGCAGAUCAGAUGAUGGUGGAGGAGCUAACAGAGAGACUCUUUCAGGCUCAAGGGGGUUUGCCACUCGACCUGGGCGCUUUAAACCUGCAGAGGGGGCGAGAUCACGGCUUACAAGGUUACUGUUCCUGGCGAGAACUGUGCGCUCUCUCCGCACCUACAAAUGAGUCUGACUUAGCAGGGAUUAUGGGUAAUGAAGUCCUGGCCAAGAAGCUACUGCAUCUGUAUGGAACAGUGAAGAACAUAGACGUAUGGGUGGGAGCCAUCUCAGAGCCCGCUUUGCCCGGUGGCCGCGUGGGGCCGCUGCUCGCCUGCCUGAUUGCCAAACAGUUCAAAGCGCUCAGAGAUGGUGACAGGUUCUGGUGGCAGAAUGAGGGUGUGUUUAGCCCCGCCCAGAGAGACACUCUCCAUACCGCAUCUCUGUCUCGCAUCAUCUGUGACAACACACACAUUCAGCUGGUGCCCUCUGACCCCUUCACUCGCACACUGCACCCUGACGACCUGCUGCCCUGCACGCAUACAAGCAUCACCCAUAUGAACCUCUUGCCGUGGAGAGAACCGGAUUCAGACCCAGUCUGUGGAGCGGUCCCACGGCUGCGUCUGGGUUUCUCAGUGCUGUGCAAUUCUGCUGUGAUUUAUCAGUGUCCCACUGGAUACCUGCUCCAUGGAGCCACACACGUCACCUGUGACCCCAACACACACCAGUGGACCCCACAACCGCCCACCUGCCAAGAUAUUGAUGAGUGCUCCACAUCAUCUAUUUGCCCUCCGCACCUGCAGUGUCUAAACACACCUGGAUCUUACACCUGCACAGAGCCUGUAGCCCCACCCCUUUCUGCAUCCUCCAUUGUUGCAUCAGUGAUGACAGUUCUAGGGGGCGUGGCCUUGAUAGUGCUUUUCCUCGCCUGCUACCAAAGACUUUUCCUUCGUAGAGCCGAGUCAAAGCCGGAAUGCUGUCAGAAGAAAAGCUGAUUUUUUUUUAAAUACGUUUCCAUAACCGCAGUGUCAUUUUCUUUAGCUCAGCCCAAAUACUGAAUGUUUUGAAAGAAUGAAACGUGUUGAAACUUGCGAAGUAUCUUUAACAUGUUCGGUCACGCUUAUCCUGUAAAAACAGGAAAUCCUCCGUUUGCUUUGAUUAAUAUUUUACCCAUGUUAAUAGAAAUGAUGCACAUUUUUAAAGUGGCCAUAUUUAAAUAUAAUGUGAAUAUGUGUUCAAUAGAUAACAGCUCAUUUGUUAUGAUUUUUCUAUGUUUUCUGCCAUCUGAUACGAGUUCUGAUGCCACGUACAUGUAUGCAGAUUUAACUCAUACAUUUUAACUUGUGUUCAGCUCAGCCAAUAGCAUUCAGGAUUGAGCUGUGACAUCAUUAUACAGAUAUGAAACCAUUGACAUGGCAUAUAUACAAGUGUCCAAGCUCAAAAUCAUAGUCAUUCAUAUUUGCAGUACGAGUAUUCCAGUUGUUUGUAAGGCAAGAUUGUAUAUUUGACCGGAGUGCUUUUUUAUUUACACAUUUAUACCUGAUUUAAUAUAAAUAAAACUCACAAUCCUAUAUAACGGGACUUCCAAAAUGAUUCACAACAACAU